AAGGCCCUGGAAGAGCCUAAACUCUUUGCUGUUCACCCUCCUUAUAUUGAUGACUCAACCAGUGAGCAGAUGGUCAGACUCUACUAUAAGCUCCCAGUAAAACUCAAGGACCUUAAGAUCAUAGGUCUUGAAUCUGGUAUUCUAAAGCCUAAUGAUGAUUCAGUUAAGGCGCGUGUUAGCUAUCAAGGACAGGAUUUUUGGCUACAUUUUCCUAUUUCUUAUGUCAAAGAUCAAAUGGUCUUAAUGAGUGCAUACUGA